AUGAGUUUAGAGUCCUUGUUUCAACACAUCAUCUUCACCGAGCAUCAGGCUGAGGAGAGCCGUCGCUUGAUGCGAGAAGUCAGGGCCGAAACAAUCAGAUGUCGUGAAAAAAUUAAGAAAGCAACGGUGGAGCUGAAUGAAGAGAAGAUCAAGUUGGAAUCUAAGGUUCAACAGUGUUCUGAAAAAUCCUUCCUCUUACAGCUUUUGAAAACUCAUGAAAAUGCGAUAAAUAGACAGUAUAGUGAAAUUACAAAGCAAAGGAAUAUACUUCUUCAAACCUUUGAGGCUACAAAGAAAAAAGCGGAAGAGGAGGAGGAAAAAUUUAUUAAGGAAAUUACAGACUUCAAUAAUAAAUAUGAAAUAACAAAGGAAAGAGAACUUUUGAUGAAAGAAAAUGUCAAGAUUGAAAUAUCUGACUUGGAAAACCAGGCAAACAUUUUGAAAAAAGAAAUGAAGUCAAUGGAACAUGAUAGUGGCCUGUUAAAUGAACUUCAUAAGCAAAAGAAUGAAUUAGUACAAGAAUUAUUUACUCUCCAGAGAAAACUUAAAGUUUUUGAAGAUAAGGAGAAUGAAGCCAUUUGCACUACCAAAUACCUAGAGGCAGAAAAAAUUAAAAUCAAUGAAAAGCCUCAAAAUGAUGCCGAAUGCUUAAGACUUAAAAAAGAAUUACAACUUUAUGAAGAAGACGACGUGGAAAGUAUUUACGAAGCUCUCCAAACAGAAAUAGAAUUUUUGGAGUUGACUUUGGCACAGAAAGGACUUCAGGAAAAUGAUGUGUAG